ACACACCAAACAAUAAAGUAAAAGAAGAGAGUGAGUGAUUCAUCUCCUCUGUUUCCAUCAUCCAUUGCUUUAAAAGCAAAGCACUUCCCAGAGAGAGAAAGAGAGAGAGAGAGAGAGAUUAGAUAGAUCGAUCGGAGGAGAUGACGAAACUGACGGAGAAAUCGGGAAGCCGACCACCGUGGGUGGGAUUAGCGGCAGCCGCGUGGGUUCAGACGUCGGCGGGAAGUGGUUCGACGUUCCCGCUUUACUCAUCGGCUCUCAAAUCGGUUUUGGGUUUUAGCCAGCAACAGGUCACCAUCCUCGGCGUCGCUUGUGAUCUGGGUGAAAACAUGGGCCUACUUCCAGGCUACGCCAGUAACAAGUUUCCUCCUUGGUCGAUGCUCCUCAUCGGCGCUUCCUCUUGUUUCCUUGGCUUCGGUGUUCUUUGGCUCUCCGUCAGCCAAAUCGUUCAUGGUUUGCCUUUCUGGCUGCUGUUUAUUGCUCUAGCUAUAGCCACCAAUAGCAACUCAUGGUUCGGUACAGCAUCUCUUGUCACCAAUAUGAGGAACUUUCCUUUGAGCCGAGGCCCUGUGGCUGGACUUCUCAAAGGCUAUAUUGGGAUCAGUGGUUGUGCAUUCACUGUCUUGUUCAGUAUGGUGCUUCACCAUUCUGCUACUAAUCUGCUUCUGUUUCUUACGAUUGGCAUUCCCGUGAUUUGCUUGACUGUGAUGUAUUUCAUCCGCCCCUGUAUUCCGGCUACCGGUGAAGACCCUUCUGAGCCCAUGUAUUUCGCUUUUCUGCUUGCCACUAGUAUAGUUUUUGCUGCGUAUCUUGUUGUGACGACUGUAUUGAGUGAGGUGUUUAUACUGCCAAGCAUACUCAAAUAUGUUCUUGUGGCUAUCAUGGUGUUGCUUUUGUUGGCACCUCUUGCGGUUCCCAUCAAGAUGACACUUUUCCGUUCGAAUGCCAAGAGCUCUCCACUGGGUUCGUCAGACAAUAUAGCCAAAGAAGAAGGUAGCCAUGAAGAGCCGUUGCUGACACCUUCUACCUCAGCUUCAAACCUUGGACCUAUCUUUGAGGGAGAUGAUGAGUCGGAUAUGGAAAUACUUCUCGCUCAAGGAGAAGGUGCAGUGAAGAAGAAGAGAAAACCAAGGAGAGGUGAGGAUUUCAAGCUCGACCAAGCUUUUGUCAAGGCAGAUUUCUGGCUCCUUUGGUUUGUAUACUUCCUCGGCAUGGGUUCAGGCGUUACAGUCUCCAACAACUUGGCACAGAUCGGUCUUGCUUUUGGUAUUAAGGACACUACAAUUCUCCUCUGCCUCUUCAGCUUCUUCAACUUCAUAGGCCGUCUUGCUUCAGGUGCCAUUUCUGAGCACUUCGUGAAGUCAAGAACGCUUCCAAGAACACUAUGGAUGGGAGCCGCGCAGCUAGUUAUGGUGUUCACAUUCCUCCUCUUCGCCACCGCUAGCGACCUCACCAUUUACGUUGCGACUGCUCUGAUCGGGGUAGCCAUGGGGUUUCAGUUCUUGUCUAUCGCCACCAUCUCGGAGCUAUUUGGUCUGAGACAUUUUGGAAUCAACUUCAACUUCAUACUCCUGGGAAACCCGCUUGGUGCAACCAUAUUCUCGGCCUUUCUCGCCGGACACAUCUAUGACAAGGAGGCUGAAAAGCAAGGGAAUAUGACCUGCCUUGGUCCCGACUGCUUCCGAGUAACGUUUUUGGUUCUAGCCGGAGUUUGUGGGCUUGGAACUCUGCUGAGCGUUAUUUUGACGGUGAGAAUUCGUCCGGUGUAUCAAGCUCUGUAUGCUUCUGGCUCUUUCCGGUUGCAGCCGCAAUCAACAGGUCAUUGAUAUAUCCAGAGAGCGAGAAGAGACUGUCUAGACGAAAGAAAUAUAUAAUAUAAAUCAUAGAUGCUAUUAUCUAAUUUUCAUAAUUAUAGGCUCCUAUUGUAUCAUGCUGCAUAUUUUUUGUUUGUUUGGAUUUGUAUUCUAAGAUUUGUGUUAUUCGUCUAUAACCGGCCAAAAACCGGUUGGAAGAACCUAGUUGUAUCGGCUUCUUGAUGUGGUUGUAAUGUUGUUUUGUGUCUACUUACUGUUUGAUGUUUGUGUUA